AUGGGGAACCAAAGCACGAGCGACGGAUUCUUUCUGGCCACCUUCGAGUAUUCCGAGCACAUCAAGGUGCUCAUCUUCGUCGUGCUGCUGAUGAUCUACGCCUUCGCGGUCCUGGGCAACGGGCUCGUGGCCAUCACCAUUGCGGUCUCCCAGGAGCUCCACAAACCGAUGCACAUCCUCCUGUGGAACCUCUCCAUCGUGGACAUCAUCGGCUGCACGUGCAGUGUGCCCAAACAGUUGCAUAUCCUGGUGACGGGCGACACGGGGAUCUCCAAGGCGGCCUGCGUCGUGCAGGCGUUCUGCGUUCACUCCUUCGCCUCCAUGGAGGUGCUCACGCUGGCCGUCAUGGCCUUUGACCGGUACGUCGCGAUCUGCACCCCGCUGCAUUACCACUCAGUUGUGACCAACAGGCGGUCGGUGGCUGUGGUCGUGGUCAUAUGGACACUCACGGUCAUCCUCCUGCUGGCUCUGAACGCGCUCAUCAUCCCGAUGACGUUCGCCGACGACGAGAAGCAGAUUCAAGGCAUCUUCUGCGACAACACGGGGAUCGUGGUUCACGCCACCUCGGACACUCGCACCAACACCUCGCUCGGCUCAGCACUCGUGGUGUUCUACAACGGUCCCUCCAUGUGCCUCAUCGCCUUCACCUACCUCAGGAUCCUCACGGAGUGCAGGAAGAGGCGGUCGAGCGAGUUCCGGCGCAAGGCUCUGCACACCUUCGUCACGCACUUCCUCGCCCUCUUCAUGUUUUUUCUGUCCGUGUUCAUGGUCUUCCUCAUCGGGCGCUUCACGAAGGACGACCGCAGCGUGCAGACGCGCAACACCCGCUCCAUCGUGGAGCUCGCCAUCCUGGUGAUGCCCGUGGCGAACGUGCUCAUAUACUGCGUGCGCAUGGGCGAACUCAGGAAGGCGAUGGUCAAGGUGUUCUUCCCGAAGUUCUUCGCGUCAAGAAAUGCCAAGACCCACGGUCUCAGCCACACGACUGCUCUGUUGGCACCAAGUCAAAGGGACGUGAUCGCGACUCAAAAAACGAUUGUACGCUCCAACUCCAUCGGAGCACCCAGCCUGUCCAUGUAA